UGUGUGUGUGCGUGUUGUUUGGAGUUUGACCAGAGGGAGACCAGAGGACGGGCUGACUUCACUGAAGAGAAAGGAAAGAAUGACUUGGGACACAAACUGGCGAAGAUCCUGAGAUAUUUCUGCAAGCUAUUUCACUUGGAGGCUUUGAAAUAAACUGGUUUGUUUGCGGUAAAGCCAUGGAUCGUUCCCCGACAGGAAACCCAUCCACCCCAGAACUCAGCCCAUCCUCGCCCACCACCCCGAGGCCGGGCCCUUCCUCCCUCAGCUCCUCUGCCGCCACAACUGCAACCUCAGACCGGCUUAAGCCAAAAUUCACGAUGCCAACACCUCCAACCACGCCCUCAUCCUCUCCCUCCACCGCCGCCCCUCGGACCGUUCCCGGCCUUCAUUCCCGCUCUUCCUCGCUUUCCGCGCUGACGGCCUCACCUCGCCACCAGCCCGUCAGGAGCCACUCUCAGGUGGGCAGAUCUCAACUGAACGCAGCCUCAACGGGGAAUCCUCUGACUGGGUCUACGGCUGCUGGAGCUUCGCCGCCUCCUACAGCUGAACCAGAGGAGACAGAGGAGGAGGUCAGUUUUGAGGACUUGGAGGAGAAAGCAAAGUCGGGCGAUGCGAAAGCACAGACGAAGAUGGGCCGUUACUUCCUGGCCCUGGCAGAAGAAAGCGAUGAGGAGCUGAACAACUGCACAGCGGUCACUUGGCUGGUCCAGGCUGCUAAACAGGGCCGCAAGGAUGCCGUCAGACUCCUGCAGCAGUGCUUGGCCUCCAGGAAAGGCAUCACUCUGGAGAACUUCCAGGAGGUGAAGAAGUUGUGCACAGAGACACGUUUUGAGAGGGGGGUGAGGAAGGCGGCUCUGCUCAUGUACUGGAAGCUGAAUCCAGAGAGGAAGAGGGCAGUGGCGGUUUCUGAGAUGCUAGAAAACGUUGAACAUGUCCACACAGAUCCAGGGAAACCAGUCUCCCCCGGCCCACUGAACAGCUCUGCUAAGAAACAGAGGCGAGUCCUGGAGACGAUGGUCACCAGCGAGGCCGGCUCCCACGUGGGUCUGGACGACUUUGUUGAGAUGACUAAGAGGUAUGCACAGGGUAUCACGCCAUCGCCGUUCAUGGCUGCUGCUGGAGGUGAGGAUGACGACGAUGACGAGUAUGUUGUAGUGAAGAACCCAGAUGAACUGCCUCUUCAUCAAAAGAUGAUGAAGUUCCCCCUGCACGCCCUGCUGGAGAUAAAGGAGCACCUCAUCGACUGGGCGUCUCGAGCGGGCAUGCAGUGGCUCAGCGCUCUGAUCCCCACCCACCAUGUCAACGCGCUUAUCUUCUUCUUCAUCAUCUCCAACCUCACAAUCGAGUUCUUCAUUUUCCUCAUCCCUCUGCUGGUUUUCUACCUCGCGUUCUUCUCAAUGGUCAUCUGCACGCUGCGCGUGUUUCAGAACUCUAAGGCGUGGGAGAAUUACCGGGCUCUGACCGACCUGCUUGCUCACUUUGAACCUGGCCUUGAUCUGGAGCAGGCUGAGACCAACUUUGGAUGGACUCACCUGGAGCCUUACCUGUACUUCCUGCUCUCUGUGGUCUUCGUGGUUUUCUCCUUCCCUGUUGCUGAUAAAUCCUGGAUCCCCUGCUCCGAGCUGGCUGCCGUCGCCCUCUUCUUCACCAUCACUGCCUUCCUCAGCCUCCAUGCCUCUGCUCAGCUCUUCGCUCGCAAAGCCCUCGCCACGGAGGUCCUCUCUGGGGCGUGCUCCCUCACUCACCUGCUGCCAGACUCCCUCUGGUUCCUCAAGAUCUUUGGGGUGACGUUCCUCACCGUGCCUCUCGGAGAUGUCGUGGUGUUGAAUCUGGGGAUGCCGUGGCUCCUGUACGGACACCUUUUCUAUCUCCUCUUCCGCAUGGCUCAGCUGAGAGGCUUCAAAGGCACCUACCUGUGCCUCGUCCCCUACUUGGUUUGCUUCACCUGGUGUGAGCUCUGCUUGGUGUUCCUCAACAACGCCACGAUUAUAGGACUCAUUCGCACCUGCGUGGGCUACUUCCUCUUCAUGUUCGCCCUUCCCAUAAUCUCACUGGGCAUGGCCGCAAUGCUCAUCAUCCAGGUGCUGCAGUGGUUUCUCACUCUGGAGCUUACCAAGAUGGUGGUCACGCUGACUAUUUGCUUCGUGCCAGUAGUGCUGCGGCUCUGGACCCGCUUCAGCCUCAACCCCAUCGUCGUUUUCCGGUCUUUAUCCCGGAGCAGCAUCGUCAAGCUCAUCCUGGUGUGGCUCAGUGCCGUGGUGCUCUUCUGCUGGAUGUACGUCUACAGAUCUGAAGGCAUGAAGGUGUACAACUCCACCCUGACGUGGCCCGAGUACAGCAACCUCUGCGGCCCCCUGGCCUGGAAGGAGUCCAACAUGGCACAAACCCAGAUCCUCUGCUCCCACCUCGAAGGCCACCGCGUCACCUGGACGGGACGCUUCAAGUACGUCCGAGUGACCGACAUCGAGAACGGGCCUCAGUCGGUGAUCAACCUGCUGCCCGUGUUUCUGGGGAACUGGAUGCGGUGUCUGUACGGCGAGCCGUACCCUCUGUGCGACGAGGCGAAGAACGCCACAGCCGCCAAAGCUCAGCCUCUGCCCGCCCCGGCUCCUCCUCCCGAGGAUCCCCUAUGUAAGCUCAGAAAGCUGGCCAAGAACGAAUGCCACGUGAAGCGCUUCGACCGCUACAAGUUUGAAGUCACGAUGGGCAUGCCGCUGGAGAGGAAGACGAGGAACGGGACGAUCAUAGAGGACGAAGACGCCACCAAGGACAUAGUCCUGAGGGCUAGUAACGAGUUCAAGUCGGUGCUUUUGCACCUGAACACCGGCAGCCUGGUGGAGUUCAGCACCAUCCUGGAGGGGCGUUUAGGCUCCAAGUGGCCCGUGUUCGAGCUGAAGGCCAUUCACUGCCUGUCGUGCGCUGGCGCCCACGUUCCCAGCCGCCGGCAGUACAAGAUCGAACACGACUGGAGGCGCACCGCCCAGAACGCCCUCCAGUUCGGCUUCGACUUCUUCUUCAACCCCUUCCUCACCGCUCAGCUGGAGCAACACCCGGACGGCGAGACCGAGACAGAGACUGCGCUAACGGAGGGAGGGUAGAGGGGACAAGAGAUGUGUGAUUAGAAUUUUAUCUCCAGCUUCAUGGUCGAUCAACACUGAUCACAGGAGAAUCUAACUGCAAUACUGGAGAGUUAUUUACUGUAGAAGAGCGAACAGAUCCUCUGCAUCUGUACUGAGAACGCGUGUGUUUGCAUCCUUAGAGCUUUUGAGCCAAAAUGUUUGAUAGAACAUGUAUAUAUAUAAAAAAAAAUUUUAAUGGGAGAAACACAAACCAAUGAGGCUUUAAAGUAUCAUACUGCCCUACACUACUCUAGGAAAAAACGGCUGUGGUUCUUAUAAACCUCCUGAUAAGGUGCUUGUGCGCUCACCAUAGUGAGUCGGUUAAUAAUGAAGGCACUUUGAUUCUUUUUUCUAUCUGUACACACUAUUACUGCUACACACAUCAGUUGAUGUGUGCUGAUGGAUGGAGCGACAUGUUUCGCGGCCAAAAUCCAUCGGUGUCGACCAUUUCAUUGUACUCUGCUCUCAUUUUUGCGUAGCCUACGAUUAUAAGAGGAAAGGUUGUAUAUUUAUUUUGUACAACUUUAAUAAUUUAACAUAAUACAGUACACCGAUCAGGCAUAACAUUAUGACCACUGACAGGAGGAGUGAAUAACAUUCAGUGUUCUGCUGGGAAGCUUCUAGACCUGGCAUCAUUCAUAUAGAUGUUACCGAGACACGUACCACCCACCUAGACCAGACCAGACCAGUCUCCCCCACCCCAUAACAAUGACAGUCCUUGAUGGCAACAGGAUGCAGCCUGACACAAAAACUAAAAAAACAUGGAAAACAGUACAAGGUGUUGACCUGGCCUCCAAAAUUCACUAGAUCCCAAACUGAUCCAAGUAUCUGUGGGAUGAUCCACCACCAGACUGUUUUAUAGACCUACGCAGUAUUAGGGAGGUGGUCGUAAUGUUAUGCCUGAUUGGUGUAAACGUCCCGUUAGCCAUUCUGAAGUGAUUUCAAGUGCCUUAUGGAAGUACAAAAAUAAUUCGGGAGGCGAUGGACUAAAUCGUGUCUCUGUGAUCAGAGCGUCUAUUUAUUACAGAGGAGUUAACACGUUCCUUUCAGCCCUCUGUCCUCGUGUCCUUCUCCUCCGUCUCUAGCUGCUUUCGUGUGUCCUGUCUCCAUCUCUGCUGUGCAGGGAUCUAAUAUAUUGAACUGUCCUAGGGCGAUGAUGUUUGUUUUAAGUUAGGAUACCACUACUGUUUUAUUGACUGUGACCUAUAAAUAUGAUGAAAUCUUU